GUGACAUUUUUUCAUUCAUCUCUUUACUCUGAGUGCUGCACUACACACUCCUUUCGGUUGCGCGAUUUCGGGGGAAGGAAAAAAGUGUUAUCACCGUGAGCGAAAUUCCGUCGGAAAAAAUAGUGCGAUCGUUCUGGAACUAGUUCAAAAACGAAACCCCAACAGAACACAGCACAUAACAAAACAUGGCUGCCAGUACGAGCGGUGAUAAAGCGGCGGAUGAUUCACUUUACCCGAUCGCGGUGCUUAUCGAUGAGCUCAAGAACGAGGAUAUUCAGCUACGCCUAAACUCGAUCAAGAAGCUAUCCACCAUCGCCCUGGCCUUGGGUGAGGAGCGUACCCGCACCGAGCUGAUUCCAUUCCUGACCGAAACCAUCUACGACGAAGAUGAAGUGCUGCUGGCGCUGGCAGAGCAGUUGGGCAACUUCACCGCCUUGGUGGGAGGUCCCGAGUACGCCAUGUAUUUGAUUCCUCCGCUGGAGUCAUUGUCGACCGUAGAGGAAACCGUCGUCCGCGACAAGGCAGUCGAAUCGCUGCGAAUUGUGGCGGCUCAGCACAGUGCCCAGGAUUUGGAAGUGCACGUUGUACCAACCCUACAGCGUUUGGUUUCGGGAGAUUGGUUCACAUCUCGCACUUCCGCUUGUGGACUGUUCUCGGUGUGCUACCCAAGAGUGUCGGCUGCAGUCAAAGCUGAACUGAGGAAUAACUUCCGUCAGCUUUGCCAGGAUGAAACUCCGAUGGUUCGACGAGCUGCCGCUGGAAAGCUCGGUGAAUUUGCCAAGGUCGUCGAAUUGGAAUAUCUGGAGUCGGAUUUGAUCCCGAUGUUUGUGCAGAUGGCCCAGGACGAUCAGGAUUCAGUCCGACUGUUAGCGGUUGAGGCUUGUGUCAGCAUUGCCCAGCUGUUACCUCAGAAUGAUGUAGAACAUAGCGUUAUGCCAACUCUGCGACAGUGUGUCAACGAUUCUUCGUGGCGGGUGCGAUAUAUGGUUGCAGAAAAGUUUACAGGCUUACAGAAGGCUGUUGGUCCGGAAAUAACCAAAACUGACUUGGUUCCGGCAUUCCAAUACCUACUGAAGGACUCUGAAGCUGAAGUUCGGGCCUCAGCUGCAACUAAGGUGACCGAGUUCUGUUCAAAUCUUGAGAAGAGCAGUCAAGAGCAAAUCAUAAUGAGUUCGAUUCUGCCGUACGUUAAAGAACUGGUGGCCGAUCCGAACCAACACGUAAAAUCGGCACUUGCUUCGGUUAUUAUGGGUCUCAGUCCGAUACUGGGCCGUAACAACACCAUUGAGCAUUUGCUGCAGCUCUUUCUGCUUCAGCUGAAGGACGAAUGGCCAGAGGUGCGGUUGAAUAUUAUUUCCACCUUGGACUGUAUCAAUGACGUUAUUGGAAUUCAACAAUUGUCUCAAUCGCUGCUACCGGCCAUUGUUGAGCUGGCCGAAGACACCAAAUGGCGCGUACGCUUGGCAAUUAUUGAGUACAUGCCGUUGUUGGCUGGGCAGCUGGGACAGGAAUAUUUCAAUCAGAAACUGCGAGAUCUCUGCUUCAACUGGCUAAAUGACCAUGUAUACGCCAUCCGCGAGGCUGCCACGCUGAACAUGAAGAAGAUUGUACAGACUUUCGGAACGCAAUGGGCAGAAACAAAUAUCAUCAAUCAGAUUUUGGUCAUGUACAAAAACAGCAACUAUCUGCACAGAAUGACUUGUCUAUUUUGUAUCAACGCCCUGGCUGAUGUCGUCGGAGCCGAUAUUAUCAAGCGACUAUUCCUGCCCACGAUCAAGGUUCUGUCGACGGAUCCGGUUGCCAAUGUGCGCUUCAAUGUCGCCAAAACGCUACAGAAGUUGUCUCCAUUCCUGGACCAGGCCGCUAUCGACGAGCAUGUUAAACCGAUCCUAGAAAAGCUAAACACCGACACGGACGUCGAUGUAAAGUAUUUCGCCUCUGAGGCAAUGGUUGGAAUUGCUGCCGCCUAAAUUGUGUAUCCAGGAUAAAUUUUGUAUGCAUUGUUAAUGUGUAAGUUAGAAGGAAAUAAAUCCAUUACUAAUUCAGCGAUAUACCUACAACAAACUACUUAUCCGAUUAGACGCAAGCAGCACGAUUCAAUUCUAUUUAUUUCCUUAUGCUUCAUGAAAAUAAAGAUAGCUUCAUAACUGAGAAAAAGCAGGAAAGAUAUGUAAUUAGGAAAACAUCAUUGAAAGUGAAAAAAAACAACAAUUUAAUAAAUUGGAAGUCCGGACAGAUUUGUAUAAAAAUGACAUUUCGUAAUUUCAAAUUUAUCUGAAAAUACAAUAGAAUUUUCUUUUCGCGAAUAGGAAUACACCCCUUUUUCAAUGAGAGCUUAGUUAGUUCUGCCGAAAUAAAAGGGGAAAGCUGUUAUCAGACAAAACGCAUUUUUGGAAUCAUCAUUAAUUUACUUAGUACUUGGUAUUUCCUAUUUUGCGGGUUAAGUUUUUUUUUAUAAAUGCAGAUAAAAAUCACAAAUUUUCGAAAAGUGAAUAAAUACAAAAGAUCAUAUGACAUACACAAAGGAGAACCGGAAAUAUAUCCAGUUACAUUAAAUAAGCUUAAGUUUACAAUUUAAUGGUGACAACACCUAACGUAUAAGAAGAUAAUAAUUUAACAAACAAUAAAAGCCCAACUGAAAAAAAUGCA